GUUCACUUGGGCCAAUUCUACCUGGGAGCACCAGACUGGAGAUUACAAACCAGAUCAUUGAACUACCCUCCGAUCACCUCGAGGUCGUUUCCUUCCGUGACCGCGUCAAGCGGAUCAAAGAUGAAAACAAAUUCGUAAAUGACGAGAACGACACCCUACACGACAGCAACAACGAGAAAUUUCUCAGUUACCGAUCUGCAGAAUCAGAAGACCUAUAUUCUUCCCGUCAUCAAACGGGAGUGACAUCUGGAGCACUCGCAAUGCCGCCCAAAGAGCCAAGGUGGUUGGUGAAUCUAAGCCUUCCGUGGAGGAUUGAAUAGAGACGAUUGAUCCCCUGCCGAUCGCACGCAAUGCCGCCGCACAGACUGACGUAGUACAUCAGAAGAAAGAACCCUUCCUAAUGAAGAUCGAAGACAUGGGAGUCAUGAUGACAACGACCAUCGAACGCUACUACCAAGACCCCGCCUUCAAGGACCAAGGGACAUUCGGCUGCCCCAAAUGCCCAUCAGACCAGAUCAAAAACCGCAUCAGGUUCGAUCGAGGGCAAGAGGACGAGCAUGUCAUUCACAAGACGUCUUUCGAGAAGUUCAAAGAAGACCCGGAUAACCCGCGUGUCGCAAACGUGUAUUCAUACCCGCCAACGAACAAACUCAGCCAGUUUAUAAUGCCAGAAUUCUCCGCAGAGGAUGAGGAAAACCCCCGGUUCCUCAUCUUCACGGACCGAUUUACCCCAGAAGAUGAUUAA